AUGGGGCCAGGCCUGGGACAGCAGCUCAGCACCUCCAACACACCCUCCAGCAGUGCCCCUGGCUCGCCUUCGUCAUUCCGGACACCGGGACUCCGGAGGCAAGGGCGCAGCCUCGGUCGUCCACGUCCUCGAGGCUCGGCACCGGGCACCCGCGCGCCCGACACGGCCCACUCGGCCCUCGCCCUGGAGGCCUUCAGGUGCCCGGCCUCGGGCCACGCCGGCCGCCUGUGGGAGCAGUUCCGGCAGUUCUGGGCCGACCACUUCUCGCGGCGCUUCUCGCCGCGGCGCCCGCCGCUGCGCCGCAUCUCCUCCAUGUCCACCUUCUACCUGCUGGACCACCGGACGCGCCAGGCCGAGCUGGGCCUCAGCUACGGCGCGCCGCGCACGCGCCUGAGCGACGAGGCCUUCGUGUUCCGUGGCGGCCGGUGGACCGCCGAGGGGCUGCCGGUGCGGUCGCGGCCGCCGCCGUCCUCGCCGACCAUCUCGGGCUGGAAGCGGCCGGUGCAGCGGGUCAAGAGCCAGGUGCUCCUGGAGGAGAACAACUACCUGAAGCUGCAGCAGGAACUGCUCAUGGACAUGCUGACUGAGACUACGGCGCGCAUGCACCUGCUGGAGAAGAAGCUCGGCACCCAGGCCAGCCCGGCGGCUGCAGCGCGCGCCUGGCAGAGGAAGAUGCGUAAACGCGAAAGCACGAGCGGCGUGCUCAUGAUCGAGCCGCGCGCUCUGGAGUCGUUCUGA